AUGACCGACAUUCCUCCCUUCCCGAUCCCUGAGAGGAUCUCAUCUCUGAUGCCACUAAGCCGUCGUCAAGCAUUGCGCCACCAUCAAGAGCGAUCUGUGAGCGUAGCAUCUAAGAUUUCGCAAAUCUGCCAGACUUCAGUUGAUUCAACAACGACGGACUUUCUUGAGGCCAAGAUAGCAGCAUUAGAAGACGAAAAAGCCUACCUUUGCUGCAUCAGAGAGGGACUUGAUGACGCGAAACUCGCAGGGCUUUUCACAAAUGCUUCUUUCCAAGGGCAAAUCGGCCCUUGCCUCACCAGAUUCAGAUCUACGGCAUCUGUGCUUCAUAUCCUCAAACGCCAAAGAAAGAUGCUAGAGGAGGAUUUGGAGGAGGAAGUGGCAUUGAAGCGACAAAGACUGUGUGACCCACCCGACGAAGGGCUCCUUGAAAGAGCGUACAGGGAUACGAUAAUCCCACGAGUCAUGGGCGCUUCUGCUAAGCAGGGCGCUAGGCCCUUCAAACAAAGCCAAUUCAAGGUGGCGGUCAAUGAGCACUAUGACAUUGCAACCAAGUGCCAGAAAGGCACGUCUUACUGCCACGUUCUGGGGUUGUUUUUGCCAGCCUCCACAGUCAAGGCGGCCCAUUUAGUGCCCAAGAGCAUGACCCAGGAAGAACUGGCACCUCUUUUCGGAGGCGAACAUGAUGUUCUCGCUGAUCCCAGAAACGGUAAGGAAAUUCCUUCCUCUUGGUUAAAAUUAGCUAACGAAUUCUACUUCUAUAAAGCACUCUCGCUGGCUAGCCCCAUUGAAGCGCUCCUCGACCUAGGGGUCAUUGCAGUGGUCCCAAUCCCUGGGGUAAUGACAACACCAACAAUCUGGAGAUGUGUAGUUCUGGACGAGUCCAAGAACCAGAACAUUGUACAUGUGAGGGAGGAAGGGGAAAUUGUCAGGGUAAAUGUUAGCUUCACUAAUAAACUACUGAUACAAAGGAUUUUGCUGACAAUUUAA